AUGUGUAAAGAAACCAGCACUAAGCUGUACGUGUGUAUUCACUGUAAAGCGGAAUUCAAAUAUAGGCCAAGUUUAGACGAUCAUAUAAUUAAGAAACAUCCUGAGUUCUCAGCAUCAGUUACAAGUAAUGUGCAUGAAUGUCCUGAUUGCGGAUAUAAAACCACCUUUAAACAUCAUUUUGCUAGACAUAUGUUCAAUCAUCCUGGGGCCGAAAGUAGCCUCAAGCCGAGCGUGUGUAUUCACUGCAAUGCGGAGUUCAAAUAUAGAAAAAGCUUGGAUGAGCAUAUUACCAAGAAACACCCAGGUUUUAUAGCAUCAGUUUCUCGUCAAAUACUUGAAUGUGCUUAUUGUACGUAUAAGACAACAAUUAAAGAUUUUCUAUCAAGGCAUAUGUUGAAACAUUCUGAGGCAGAAAGUGACUUUAAUCUAAGCGUGUGUAUUCACUGUAAUGCGACAUUCAAAGAUAAGAUAACUUUAGAUGAUCACAUAAUUAAGAAACAUCCCGAUUUCAUAGCAUCUGUUACACGUAAGAUACACGAAUGUACUCUAUGUACAUUUAAAACCACUGUUAAACAUCUUCUUGCUAGGCAUAUGUCGAAACAUCCUGAAACUGAAAGUAGCUCUGAGCUGAUCGUGUGCAUUCACUGUAAUGCCGAAUUCAAAUAUGGGGAAAGUUUGGAUGAUCAUAUCGUCAAGAAACAUCCUAAUUUUACAGCAUUAAUAUCUCGCGAAAUACUUGAAUGUACUCACUGUACGUACAAAACUACCAUUAAACGUUAUUUGUCAUGGCAUUUAUUGAAACGUCAUGGUGUAGAAGGUAACUCUAAGCUGAGCGCUUGUAUUCACUGCAAUACCACGUUCAGGGAUAACACAAAUUUAGAUGAUCAUAUAGUUAAGAAACAUCCUGAGUUCUCAGCAUCAGUUACACGACAGAUAUAUGAAUGUAAUCAUUGCACAUAUAAAACCACUAUUAAAUGCCAUCUUACUAAACAUACGCUGAAACAUACUGGGACACAAAAUAGCGCUGAGCUGAACGUAUGUACUCAGUGUAAUGCGGUAUUCAACAAUCGGAUAGAUUUGGAUGAUCAUUUAAGAUUCCACAGCAUUGAUUUCUCAUAUAAUACAUAA